CAGAACUGAUUUCCGAACAUUUCACAUAAUAACGAGGCUGUUUUUCAAAAAGCAUUCAUCACUUUCGCAGAAGCUGUAAGGGGAGUCGUUUAAAAUGAAACCCUCACUGAUCAUCUUAACCACAAUUUUGACGUCAUGCUAUGUAGUCACUAGUAAAGAUUUGAUAGAGUAUUCAAAUGUAGUGAAGUCAAUUUCCAUUGGCGACCUACAAAACAAGAUCAAAGCCGUAAUUCCCACUCUAGAUGAAAUUAAACGUAAAAAUGAAUUAUUGGAGCAGCAAUUGAAAAAAGCCAAUAAAGAGCUUUUUUCUGUAAGAACUGCAACUGCAAAGCUGCAAGAAGCAAUCGAUAAGGCUAAGAUAGAUCAAGAUCGCCUUCAAUUGCAAUUGGCAGCUGGACGCAAGCUUUGGUUGCAGUGCGAUACGGAUUUCAAAUUGUCCGAACGAAAUAUAUAUGUCCUCACCGCAGAUGAGGUGAAAAAACAACUAGAAGAGCAUUACAUUCCCGAAGCGUUGCGAGGCUUCAAAUAUCAUGAAUACCUAAAAAUUGUGAAGUGGCUGCGUAAUGCAAUCAUAAUAGAAGGAAGGGAUGGUCUCAAGAAGCUGGAAACUACCCCAAAAAAAUCAAUAUUGAUGCCAAAUAUUCCAAGGAUACCUGCCCAAAUAUAGUGCGACUACAGAAAAAUAAAAAUCAAUCAAAAAACAGCAUAUAAUUUUAUAUGUAUCAAAUUUUUUGAUUCAAGAUUAAUUCUAAGUUACAAAUGUUAAAAUAAAUAAACAAA